AGACAUAUAUAUACAUACAAAAUGGUUAAGGCUGUUGGAAUUGAUUUGGGCACGACCUACUCCUGUGUGGCAGUAUGGCAGAACGACCGUUGCGAAAUUCUCGCCAACGACCAGGGUAACCGUACUACUCCCUCAUACGUCGCUUUCACCGACACCGAGCGUUUGAUCGGUGAUGCCGCCAAGAACCAGGUCGCCAUGAACCCCCACAACACCGUCUUCGACGCCAAGCGUUUGAUCGGUCGUCGUUUCCAGGACCAGGAGGUUCAGUCCGACAUGAAGCACUGGCCCUUCAAGGUCAUCGACAAGAACACCAAGCCUAUCGUCCAGGUCGAGUACAAGGGCGAGACCAAGGAGUUCACCCCCGAGGAGAUUUCCUCCAUGAUUCUCGUCAAGAUGAAGGAGACUGCUGAGGCUGCUCUCGGUGGUACUGUCAAGGACGCUGUCAUCACUGUCCCUGCUUACUUCAACGACUCUCAGCGUCAGGCUACCAAGGAUGCUGGUUUGAUCUCUGGUCUCAACGUCCUCCGUAUCAUCAACGAGCCCACCGCUGCCGCUAUCGCUUACGGUCUCGACAAGAAGGCUGAGGCUGGUGAGAAGAACGUUCUCAUCUUCGACUUGGGUGGUGGUACCUUCGAUGUUUCUCUCCUUACCAUUGAGGAGGGUAUCUUCGAGGUUAAGGCUACUGCCGGUGACACCCACUUGGGUGGUGAGGACUUCGACAACCGUCUCGUCAACCACUUCAUCCAGGAGUUCAAGCGCAAGUUCAAGAAGGACUUGUCUUCCAACGCUCGUGCUCUCCGUCGUCUCCGCACUGCCUGUGAGCGCGCUAAGCGUACUUUGUCUUCUUCCGCUCAGACUUCCAUCGAGAUCGACUCCUUGUUCGAGGGUGUCGACUUCUACACCUCCAUUACCCGUGCCCGUUUCGAGGAGCUCUGCCAGGACCUCUUCCGUGGUACUCUCGACCCCGUUGAGAAGGUUCUCCGUGACUCCAAGAUCGACAAGUCUUCCGUUCACGAGAUCGUUCUCGUCGGUGGAUCUACCCGUAUCCCCCGUGUCCAGAAGCUCGUUUCCGACUACUUCAACGGUAAGGAGCCCAACAAGUCCAUCAACCCCGAUGAGGCCGUUGCCUACGGUGCUGCCGUUCAGGCUGCUAUCUUGACUGGUGACACUUCCGAGAAGACUCAGGACUUGUUGCUCCUCGACGUUGCUCCUUUGUCCAUGGGUAUCGAGACCGCUGGUGGUGUCAUGACUCCUCUCAUCAAGCGUAACACCACUGUUCCCACCAAGAAGUCCGAGACCUUCUCUACCUACUCUGACAACCAACCCGGUGUCUUGAUUCAGGUCUUCGAGGGUGAGCGUGCUCGCACCAAGGACAACAACCUCCUCGGCAAGUUCGAGCUCUCUGGCAUUCCCCCUGCUCCUCGUGGUGUCCCCCAGAUCGAGGUCACCUUCGACAUUGACGCCAACGGUAUCCUUAACGUCUCCGCCCUCGAGAAGGGUACUGGUAAGACCAACAAGAUUACCAUUACCAACGACAAGGGUCGCUUGUCCAAGGAGGAGAUCGAGCGCAUGGUCUCUGACGCCGAGAAGUACGCUGAUGAGGACGCUAAGGAGACCGCCCGUAUCUCCGCCAAGAACGGCCUCGAGUCCUACGCUUUCUCUCUCCGCAACUCCUUGAACGACGAGUCUCUUGCCGGUAAGCUCGAGGCUGACGACAAGACCAAGUUGUCUGGUGCUAUCGACGAGACUAUCUCCUGGUUGGACGGUAACGCUACCGCCACCACUGAGGAGUACGCCGACAAGCAGAAGGAGCUCGAGGGUAUUGCCAACCCCAUCAUGUCCAAGGUCUACGCCGCUGGCGGUGCUCCUGGCGGCAUGCCCGGAGCUCCUGGUGCCGCCCCUGGUGGUUUCCCCGGUGCCGGCGGUGACGAGCCUCAGGUUGAGGAGGUCGACUAAACAUCGUUUGGUUGAUCAGGAAGAAAUUGGAGUUGAAAAUGAGUAGAGUUGGCAUGUUAGAGGCAGGAUUACUAUAGUGUG